UGGAGGUGGAGCUUGUGCGCGGCCUCGCGCCUUUCCCUGGUGGCGGGAAAACUGGCUCGAGGUUCGAGGGGCUUGGAGAAUCUCUGCAUUAGCCCACUCUGCUCCUCGCCCUUAGGUUCUCAUCUCUCCAGAAGGUAGCUCCGCUUGCAGCUGAAGGUGCUAGGCGUGGCCAGUCCUGGCACCUGUCGCCUGAGAAGUUUUCUCUUCAGGGUGCCGUCCAGCUCUUAACCCCUGUCCUCAGAAUCUCUAACCGCAAACUUACUCCCAACAAACAAAGUAACUCAAUAUCACGGCGGGCGACGACGGACCUGAGCGAGAAUGCGGAUCCUGGUGCCUCCGCGGGUUGCGGAUUUCAACAUUCGUUAUUGUGGAAGAAAAUACUUCGUCUGAAACAGAGGAGCAGAGACCUGACUUGUCAGACGGUGACUUCUAGAUUUUCCCUUCUCUAUUGAUCAGAGGCAUAAAGAAAAGUGUAGCUUCUGAGCUGAAUGAUGACAACCUUGCAGAGUAAAGAAGAAUUCGGGAAGGGACCAAAGAAGACCUUUGCCCCACCUGCACAAAAACUGCAUAGCCUGAUGCCCUAUAACCUUAACUCAUCGAAGGAGGAGAUCCUGGGAAUCAGUUCCCCAGAGGCAGAGACCAGGCCAAGCCUGCUAAAGGCCAGGUUAGAGAAGAAGAAGCAGAAAACAACCAAAGAGAAUGGUACAGGCAGUGGCCAGGAGCUAAAAGGAAAGGCUCAAGACAACAAGAAAGCAGAGAAGAAAGAAAAGGGAAAAUCAACUCUUACAAAUGCAGAAUUUGAGGAGCUUGUCCAGAUUGUGCUACAGAAGUCCCUCCAGGAGUGCUUGGGGAUGGCAUCUAGCCUCGAUUUUGCAGAGACUUCCUGUGCCCAGCCUACAAGAUGUACCCAGUUAGACAAGGAACCAGGAAUUGCUUCUUCUACUACUGAUAAUAAUAAUGCUGAUGGAGAGAGGGUAGUGGUACCGCAUAUUCUAGAGAUUUCAGCCUCUCACGAAGGUGGAGUAAUCCCUGAUAUAAAGACAUCUAAGCCAGGCCAGCCAGAUCCUGCACCCUCUGAGAAGAAAUUCAAUAAACUCUCCUUAAGCAAAAGAAAGAAGGCCGCUCAAAAUGAGAAAAUGGAGAAAGCCCAAAGUGGACAUGAGCACAGGCAGAAAGACCAACUGAAGAAAACAGUUCAGGAUCAUUCUCAGAUCAGGGACCAACAAAAAGGAGAGGGAAGUGGUUUUGGUCAAUGUCUAGUCUGGGUCCAGUGUUCCUCCCCAAACUGUGAGAAAUGGAGGCGGCUACGUGGGAACAUUGACCCCUCAGUCCUCCCAGAUAAUUGGUCCUGUGACCAGAAUACAGAUUUGGAGUAUAAUCACUGUGAUAUCCCUGAGGAGACCUGGACAGGGCAUGAGAAUGAAGUGGCCUAUGCCUCCUACAUCCCAGGAUCCAUCAUCUGGGCCAAGCAAUACGGUUACCCCUGGUGGCCAGGCAUGGUAGAAUCUGAUCCUGACCUGGGGGAAUAUUUUCUUUUUGCAUCUCAUCUUGAUUCCCUGCCAUCCAAGUACCAUGUGACAUUUUUUGGAGAAACAGUCUCUCGUGCUUGGAUCCCAGUCAACAUGCUUAAGAACUUCCAGGAGCUAUCCCUGGAGUUAGCUGCAGUGAAAAAGUGCAGGAAUAAGGACUUCAGCCAGAAACUGGGGGCAGCCCUGAUGAUGGCUCAAGAGGCAGAGCAGAUCAGUAUUCAGGAGCGGGUUAACCUGUUUGGUUUCUGGAGCCGAUACAGUGGAUCUGACUACAGUGGGGAAGGAAAAGACGUAAUGCUCUCUGGGGCUAACAGCUUAGAUUCCUGCUUGGAGAAAGAAGAGGAAGAGUCAGAGUUGGAGGAAGAGGAGGAAGAGCAACAAAAAAAAGAUCCAACUUUGCCUGGUCCCAAGCCAGCCAAAAUUCAGACAAAAAACCCCAAGGCAAGAGGUGGAGCACAUGGACGAGAUGGAACCCUGCAAAGGAAGACAAUGAAGAGAUCUCUGGGAAAUGAAUCUGCAGCUCCAUCUUUACCCAUCAUGGGAAGGAAAAAAGGGCAUGGGAAUUCAGAACCUGAACAGCCAGGCCCUAAGAAAAAAUUUAAAGCUCCCCAAAGCAAGGCCCCAGUAAGCAGCUCAUCUGAGGAAAAAGAAGCUAGAAUAGUGCCAGAGGUCCUGACCCCACCAGCUCCUCCUGGGGCCUGUCCCGUGGUGGGGAAAAAAGGGCCUGCACCCCAGGAGCCACGGCCUCAGGAAGCUGGAAGUGUCCUCUCUGAUGAUGGAGCCUCCAGUGACCUGGACCUGGACCAACUCAUGGAGGAUGUUGGAGAAGAGCUGGAGCAGAGGGAGGAGCCACAGCACAGAGACGACGCAGGGGAGCUCGCCGUGGCCUUCUGUGAGGAAUAGCUGUGGGCUCGCACCUCCUUCCUGCUCUCUCAUCCCUUCUGUGGGAGCAGGAGGCAGAGCCUCUCAGAGGAUCCCCGAGAAGCUGAUAAAUGUUGGGGUUGUUCAUUGGCUGUGAGGUUGGUUGGCUAAGGUCAGAGUUGUGCAGUUUAUGUUAAUAAACCAGGUUACUGGUUUAGUUGGUUUGGUUCGUCUCAACCACUUGCUUUCUUUUGGCUUCUCUCCCUCCUCCUCCGUGUCACUGUGGCACGUCAUGCUUUCUGGUGGGAGGCCUGUCAGUAUAGGGAUCUGGGAAGGCGAUGACACCCGAGUCCUAGGAGAAGGACACUGAGAAGGGCAGGUCUGGGUUCAAAUCCUGCCUCAGCCACUUACUAGCUACAUGGCCUUAGGAAAAACACUGUAACCAUUCUGGGUCUUGUUAUCCUGCCUCAGAUGGUACAUCCAGUGCCAUAUAGGGUUGUUGAUGAUGCUGAAAUGAAGUAAACCACUAACACAAUGCAUGCUAAUUAUUAUCAUGAGGGAAGUAGAAUGGUUAAAUUAGGAGACAGACCUUGGGUUCCAGACUGACUACCAGUGUUUGGGGAUUUACUGGUCCCUGGCCUGCGGCAGUCACUGAACAAAAGUACUAGGGGAGGGAUCUUGGGUGUGAGCUAUCUAUUAUGGUUCCUUUAUGGCAAGAAGGACAGAAGUUGAAGGUGAUGUCAGCUUUCUCCUUAGAUGCAUUCAGGCAAAUUGUACAGGGACUUUUAUUUUUGUGGUCAAGGG